AUGUAUAAAUUAAUUUGGAAUAUACAAAAAAAAGAUAGUAAAUUCAUCAGAGAAGAAACAACAGCUCCACUUGGAUUGGCCAUAAUCCCACUUACAUUUACUUCUAAUAUAAUAAACAAUCAUCACAUUAGUAAUUAUGAAUCCAUCACAAUCCUAACUGAAGUACUUGUAGAGAAAUAUGACCAUAAAACGCCCAAUUAUAUCCUGCUUGGUAAUAAUUGGUUCUAUGGCAGAAGCAGAAUUAAUGAUAAAAUCCAACAUUAUUUACCAGAAAUAGUAACAGAUGCAAAAAAUGCUUUUGUAAGAACUACAUUGCGUAUUAAAAAUCUCAGUGGGAAGAAAGGGGGUAGGGUAAUAGUAUCUGUUAAUAAUAUUAAUAAAAGAAAUAUCCAUAAUUUUUACAAAUCGCUUCCUGGGAAAUCGAAAGAUUCACUAUACCACAGAUCAAAUAUAUCUGCAACUUUUGAUUCGGAUACUUCCAAUUCAGAUACUUUGGACUGCGAUUCUGGUAAUUCUUCCACAUCUAGUUCGGAAAUAUAA